UUGCAAUAGCCCGAAAGUCUUUUAGUCUUGCUAUGUACAGUACAAAUAAUGACUAUUUGCUCAAACUUUUCUCGUCCUCGAACAUUUGUUUGACAUAAACCAAUCAAUGAUUGACUGGCGAAACCGUUUUUGAAGGUGGUGACAAAUAGAACAUUCAUUUUACUUAUUUAAUUGAGGAAUAAAACUACUCUAUGUGGAAAGCCUUAGAUCAUUUUAUUUUGCUAUUUUUUUGUUUAUGUGUGAAUGUACCUGAUCCUUUUUGCAUUUGACUUCAACCAAAGCCACCAUUUUGGGAUGCAUCUUGUUCAAUAAUAAUCAAAUAAGUACAAUAAAAUAAAUGAAUGGAUUGGAGUGGAACGGUUGGCCCAACUCAGUCAAGCAAUGUUGGUGUUUAUUGAUUUAUGUUUCCUAGAUGUAUUGAAUUGAUUGGAGCUAUAGCCAAAUACGUAGUAUUUUUUUAUCAGACUAUUUUCUAUUAUUUUGUUUUAGCCCGACACACUCACGCGUAAAUGUGUUUCCGUACUAAUGUACGUAGUAAAUCGUUCAAAUAAAGUUAUGAAAAAACAAACCAGAAGUGGCAUACAUUGGGGAGAAUCUACUUCCGGGUGUGUCUCGUGUCCAAUCCUAACGGCCGCCUUUUCACGGAGGCUCCUCCAUUGGCUACCACGAAGAGUUUUGUAUUCGAACGUCGGCCGCCGAUUGGCUCAGCGCGCCGGUUGCUGUCCGGCGUCCGUUUAAACUCGGAGCGCCGCUCGGCUCAUUCGAAACCAGCGAACUUUUUGCGUUUUCACUCAACUUCGGCGCACACGCCAAGCUCCAAGCGACGCCGAUGGCCUCUCAGAACUUGGACCCCGCCGCCGCCUCGGCCGGAUCCAACGCCGCCGCCAUGAAGGGCAGCGAGGCGGGCGCCAGCUCCGCCAAAGGAUCCGUCACCAAACGGCUUCAGCAGGAGCUGAUGACGCUGAUGAUGGCGGGCGACGAGGGAAUCUCGGCCUUUCCCGAGUCCGACAACCUCUUCAAGUGGAUCGGGACCAUCGACGGCGCUCGGGACACGGUAGGUGCUCGCCGCGCGUCGGCGGACCGCGCGUGCGACUCGGCCGGCGCUGACGUCGGCGGCCUUCAGGUGUACGAGGGUCUGUGCUACAAGCUGUCGCUGGAGUUCCCGGCGGGCUACCCGUACCGGGCGCCGCGCGUGCGCUUCCUGUCGCCGUGUUUUCAUCCCAACGUGGACGACAACGGCUUCAUCUGCUUGGACAUCCUCAAGGACAAGUGGUCGGCGCUGUUGGACGUGCGCUCCGUCCUGCUGUCCAUCCAGAGCUUGCUGGCAGAACCCAACAACGAGAGUCCGCUCAACGCGACGGCCGCGGCGCUUUGGGCCAACCGAGAAGCCUACAGAGCUCAUCUGCAGUCAACAUUCCAGAAGUGAAAUUGCUUUUUUUGUUGUUGUUGUUGUUUUAAUUCAACUUGUAUGCGUUUUUGUACAGUAUUUUUAUGUUGGUUUGCCUUUUGUUGAAUCAUUAAAGUUCUUAAUUCAA